AUGGCUACUGCGCCAAUGUCUGCAGAUCCUUCCAGGCUUUCCUUUGCAAAGGUAGCUGCAUCUGCAGGAAACAACAAUGCCACUCUAGGAUCAUUCGCCAGAGUAGCAUCCUCGAGCACACUUCGAGAUCCGAGGAAGGACAACUUCGCAGUCCCUGCACAGAAGGAAUCCACGGAGGGCUCGAUUCAGUCUCACACACCUACACAUCUCAAGUCCACCGACGAGCUUGCCACUUUGCAAGAAGAAGAGCACUCGAACACUGCGGAUAUCGGACCACGAAGCUCACGAGGGGAGACUGUGCACCCGCCUGUCCUUCGGUCAGAGUCCAGCAAUGCUGAAACCAAACUGAUUGAUGCGGUCAAGGCUCUGGACGUUGGCUCUGAAAUGCCUAGCCUUGUGGUCAACGGGUCCGGAGUCAGCGUGGCUAAUCCCAAGCCUGAGGGCAUUGAGGGGCUAACCGAGGAUAUCUUUCAACGAACGGAUUCUGGAUCUGAGCUAGGCACCAAACCACCGAGUCUUGACGGCAAGAGCAUAACAUCUGGAACUACAUUCGCUCUGGAUGAGAAGGAGUCUUUGCGUCCGGACGAUAGUGCGAGUGUCAAGGCCGCUGAGGAUGACGAUACAUUUUCGGGGCGGGGCUCCAUUGUGGCAGGUUCUAGGAUUGGUUCUGAAGCUGCUGCUCGUGCAUAUCGUGCACAGUUCUACGAAGCUCCUGAUCGCCGAAGCAUGCAACUUACGCAGGAACGCCAAGGCCAAGGAAUCAACACUCCUCAAAGUGGCUCCUCGCAGCAAACGACGGAUGAUGGAAAAUCAAAGCCUCUUGUAGGUGCCUCGGAUGUACCGGAUGCGUUCAACCUAUUCUAUCGCCAGACUCCUGAUGAGAAGCUGUUAGAAGCAUUAGAGUCGCCUAAGGAUAGAAUUUUCCUUUUAAGACUGGAGCAGGAUGUGAUUGAAUUUGUAAAAGACUCGAAGGAGCCCUUCAUUGAUCUGCCGCCUUGUAACUCGUUCUGUCGACUGCUCACGCACAAGCUCGCGGACUACUAUCAUAUGACCCAUCAAGUUGAUGCAGUUGCUGGGGCCGUUCGUAUCUUUCGGACUCCCUUCUGUCGGCUACCACCCUCCUUGACUAGUAUCUCCAACCCUCCCACUACCGGAAACACCCCUCCGCCAACGAUGCCUGCAAUGAAGAUCAUGCGCCGAGGAGGAGAUAUUGGGAUAAGCCCUUCCAAGGCGACUUCCGAAGCCGGAAGUGAUGGCAAAGAGAAGAGUCUGUCUGCAAAGGAGAAGCAAACCCGUGAGGAACGAGAAGCUAAAUAUAAUGAGGCUCGAGCUCGCAUAUUCGGCAAGGAGGAAGUAUCCGGAGAGGUUACACCAGAUAUUGAAGUGGGCAAUGAAAUGUCACGAUCGAGCUCGGCUUCUGCGAAGGAUAGAGCUGCGCAGAACAAGAAGCCUAAGCCUCCCAAGCAACGCCGAGAUGACUCUGAGAGCUUCGAUCGCCGGUCGCAGUACACUCCGUUCUAUCCUCAACAGCCACAAGCACCAACGUGGGUCGCACAGGCUCAAACCCCUUACAUGGGAGGUAUGGCUUCUCAACCAUACAACGGUGCAGUCCAGACGAGCUAUCCAUCUGCCAUGGCCCCCCAAUAUGCUCAGCCAACGCAGCAAUAUAAUCCGGCCUUAGGAAACAAUGGAAGCAUGCAGCCAUAUAAUGCCAUGCCACAGGUGAUGGACCCCACAUCACUCGUACAACUGUCUCUGACAAUGAUUGAGCAGUAUUCCCAACAGUCAACUCAGCAGCGGUACCAACCACACAGUGCCCCUAUCACAUCGUAUGGUACACCAGUUCAGUCACCACAAAUUUCUACCCAGCAGUGGCCGCAGCAAGCUGGCUACCAAACUGGAUACCAAAACCAAGCCCCGGUUAGAGGACCCCCGAGCGCCGUCCCGUAUGCGUUUGGUCAACUGCCAAACGCUGUCAACCCAGCGGACCCAAAGAGCCAGCAUCCGAUCCCUGGAAGUUUUAACCGUCACGCUUUCAACCCAAAGACUCAAUCUUUCGUCCCGAACAACCCAGGUCUUCCAAUUCCUCAAUCCAUGUCACACCAUGGAUCACCUCACCAGGGCUCUUCCCACCAUGGCUCUCCCCACCACGGCUCUCCCCACCUUCCAUAUAACGCCUUUGCUCCAACCCAACAACAGUUCAGCAACGGUAUGGGCUACAACAUGAUCAGGCAAGGCUCAAACAACUCACUACCAUCUUACCAUGCUUCUCCGCACAUGUCUCAUAGGCCGAUGAUGCAACAGGGUGUGGCACAAGGCUUACCGAUGCAAGGUAUGCCUCAGCAGAUUGGUACCCACCUUCCGAAUUACGGCAAUCCCUCGACCCUUCCUCCUAAACCACCAACGGGGUUUUAG